AAAUCAAAGCUGCUUAUCAAAAGACCUGCACGCGGAUAAAACACACAAAUCUGAUCAUGAACAAGAAUAGGCAGCAAUCUGCGGGAGGGGUGGGUGCGGCGCGGAGUUAUCAGUAUGCAGCAGAACCACAGGCGCAAGCGCGGGAGCCGCCAAUGCCACAGCCGCCCAGUUACGAGCAGGCGACACAUUUUGACGUGCCGGCAACAGCUCAGGUGGUAAUCAUACAACAGCAGCCGCCGCCUGCUGUGGGUCCAGAUCCAUCCUUCAUUAGCUGUCCCCACUGCCAUGUUCAGAAACUAACCCGCGUCGAGUAUGCGCCCAGUGUGCGGACCCAUUGUAUGGCAGCGCUCCUUUGCAUAGUGGGACUGUGGUGCUUCGCCUGUUUGCCCUACUGUGCCACCAGCUGUAUGAAUGCGAAUCAUUUCUGCGGAAACUGCAACAAAUUUGUGGGCGUUUAUAGCAGCGAUUAAUGCUCCAAAAAUCAAUGGACCUCAAGCUCGUACGAAAAAAUAAACGUAAACAAUAUUCCACCCUGAAUGCGAUCAUUUUUUUUUGGUGUUGAAAGAAAUAACCACAUAAACGUAUACAAAAACACAGUGGUUGCUCGACAAAGCAGAACUUCCCGAAAUUGGCCAUAUGAUAGAACUGUAAUAAUGAUUUUGAAUCCAUUAGAAUUUAAGAAACUUAUUUAAAAUUGAACCACAAACUACAUUCAUGAAUAAAAUUUGCAGCGAUUACUGCAAUGCAAUAACAUUUA